AUGUUCAGAAAUUUUAUUAGAAACACCCAAGUUUUAAAAAGAUCUGUUUCCACUUUGAAACCAAUUAGAACUCAAUUAGCACCACCACCAGCUGCUUCUUAUUCCCAAGCUAUUAAAGUUAACAACUUAAUUUUUGUUUCUGGUCAAAUCCCAAUGACCCCAGAAAAUAAACCUGUCGAAGGUACUGUUUCUGAUAAAGCAGAACAAGUUAUUCAAAAUGUUAAGAAUAUUUUGGAAGCUGGUAACUCCGGUUUAGAGAAUGUUGUCAAAGUUAAUAUUUUCUUGGCUGAUAUUAAAGACUUUGGUGAAUUUAACGGUGUUUAUGCCAAGUACUUUAAUACUCAUAAGCCAGCUAGAUCUUGUGUUGCUGUUAAGGAUUUACCAUUAGGCGUUGCUUUAGAAAUGGAAGCCAUUGCUGUUGAAAAAGACUGA